CCAUGGCCCAGCAGCCCCAUAAACAAUCCUGCAUUCAAAUUCUCAUCAACCAGCUUUGCAAAUAAUAACAAGGUUAAAGUAAAAAUGUAUUUUUUUCUUCACAAAAAAUGCAAGGAAGUGGCAAAUCUAUCAAAUGAACAUCAGUAAAAGAAGUCAUGUCAGCUAUGUUAUGCUAGCUAACAUCACUAGUGUCCUUCAAACAGGCCACACUGUUACAGAAACACAUCUUUGUUAUUUGCCCGAGCCCCAAUAAGCAAUGUAAUUUUGAAUAAACUGUCAUGUUUCCGUAUCAAGCCUCGUUUGUCCCAAAUUUCCAGGUGUGGUACCUGAUACUUUCCUAAUGGAUGAAGUAUACACAGUGUGAUUUAUUUCUCUCUUCACUUAGUCUAGUGAGGACUGUAUUACAUAGGAUGCUGAGUUUUGGAAGGUGGGGUUUAUAUAUUGCAAAGCUAUACUAAUGCUGUCUUUUCUGUGGACCUAAAUAAUAAUCUUUCUGGAUGUGAGUUAGUUUUUUUCUCUCAGCUAUGAUACAAUGAGUCACAAGUUCAUUCAAUUACAAUUGUUAUUUUUGCUUCUGUAAAUAGUCCUCUGUAUAAACUUCAUUCUUUCUUUGAUCAACGAUGUUUCAUUUGGUGCACAAAAACCAAAACGACUGUCCUGCACAUUAACUGCUAUCGAUGAAUGAGAGGCCACAUUAUGUAACUUCAAGAAAACCGUAGGCAUACAAGAACGAAACCAACUAAAAUACAAAACGUCAUUCCUAAAAUGAAUGCUGAUGGAGGAGGGUUUCCAUAAAACCUGAAAUGCAAUCUGUUCACAUUUCUCUUGGAGAUAAAUAUGGUAACACAGAGUCUCCUCUGAUGAUUUCCAGCAUUCCACAACCAGUAAGACUUAAACUGUGGCCGAGGCAGGCUGGCACAGCGCUGAGGGGCGGUUGGGAGCCGGCCGUUGCCCGGUGCCCAGGGAACGCGGUCGGAGCGGCCGUUGGGGAGCGGCGGCCUCCGUCCCGAGGCCAGGAGGGAGGGGGCGCGGCGGGGAGGUCGCCACUGGAGUGCGGGUUAUUUUGCAAACAGAAGACGAAAUAAGCCAAGGGAAAUCGCCUUCCAGGCUUGACACGUUUAUUAAGACAUUGGAAGAGGACAGAGACUACUAUAAAGGCAAGACUGAGAAUUUGCUGAGGGUAUUUAGAAGCGCAUCUUCAAGUCCUAAGUGUAGUUCUUCUCGGGGCAGCAUGUCAAAAGAAACCCCACACACCCAGGGAUUGAGUUCUGAUCCGGAUGUUUUGAUCAAUUUGAGAGAACUUGAGUCAACACUGAAAAAAUACAGGCACCAUCUGGCAGAAAUUCAGGAUACCUCCAAAGUUUUAGCAGCUGAGAGAGACAGAAUUGCCAGUUUUUACGAACAGGCACGGGAAAAGAUUUCCCGACUUCGUCGGGAAGUCAUCAAAUGUCCCAGGACUCCAGAAAGUACUGUGUCAGCUCAAGCGAUGUUAAAGCUUGUGGAGACAGAAAGGGAUACAGCACUGUCAGAUUUCCAAAGGAUGACUACAGAACGUGACAGUCUCAGGGAGCAGCUGAAGAUUUCCCAAGAGACUGCAUUUAAUGAGAAAGCUCAUUUGCAGCAGAGAAUUGAAGAGCUAGAAACUACUAUUCAAAAUUUAGAUAGCGAACGGUUAGAGCAGAUGUUCAGGGUGGCUCUAAUGAAAGAACACAUCAAUUCUCUGGAAACAGAACUGAGCCACCAGAAAACUGAAUAUAUUUCACUGAGUCUAAAGAAUGAAAAGACGGAGCAGAUUCUUUCAGAGGCAGAGAGAAGCCUUGUUAAGAAAAAAUAUGAAAUGGAACUUAAUGAAGAGAAAAUUAGACUUUUAAAUGAAAAAAUCGAUGACUUUUCAAAACAAAGUUUUGCACAAGAAGAGAAGAUCUGUGCUUUGAAAGAAACAAUUGUGCAGCUUGGUAAAGAGAAGAAAACUUUGCAAGAGUGUGUGGAAGAAGAAAGAGAGAAGACCGCCACUUCUGAGGAAAACCUGAAGAUUAAAGAGAAAACCAUUUCAGAUUUGAAGAUUCUGAUGUCUGAUUUGGAGCGUUCUAAACAAAAAUCUGCUGAAGCGCUCUGUAUCUGUGAGAAAGAUAUCAACAGUUUGCGUCAACAGCUGCAAGAAACCAACAAAGAACUCACACAGACUAAGAAGGACAGAGAAUCAUUAGCUCAGGAGAAGGACAGGUUACAAGAGCAUCUUUCUAAUACUAAGCACGAAAAUCAGGUGCUACAUAUGAAAAUAACUAAGUACCAGAAUGACAUGAAGUUGAAAGCCCAGGAUUCAAACACAGAUAUUGUCAGGCUGAAGGGAGUACUUAAGUCUAAAGAGAGAGAGAACUGUGAGCUUUUGGAGAAUUACCACAAAGCCUGUGAACAAAGAGAAAGUUGGGAAGCAAAGUGCCAUCAAGCAGAAGCAGAUUGUAACUCUGUUAGAUUUGCAUUAAAAAGUGUGGAAUCUGAGAACCGCAGGUUGAAAGAGAAAAUGAAGACCCUUGAAACAGGGAUGGAACGACAUUUAACAAUAGAAGAAGCAUAUCAGUCUCAGCUUUCUACCUUACGCAAGUCUUUUGUGAAAAUGGAAGGAGAGCUUCAAAACAUACAUCAGGAGAGAGUCUCUAUACUUGCAAAUAUCACAUCUGUGCAAGAACUUUGCCUUAAAUUAGAUGCAGGCAAAGAAGUAUUAAGUCAGCAGUUAACUUCCACAUCAGAGAAGGCAGAGAGGGUAUGUGAAAUAAAUUAGAAAAAUAAUGUUAUGUUAAUGUUAUACUUUAAGGGAUCUCAAACUACUUUGGGAUCUAGAAUGAUCAAAGAAAGCUCUACUGAUGAUCAGCGCCUCUUUUUUUUUAUGAUUAAUUUAGCGUACCUCAGAAACAUACUCUUCAGAGUGUGGAUAUUGUGUACUAUCUAUACUACCACUGCUUUAUAAAGUUUUACUUUAAGUACUGAAAAGUCAGGAUGUAAUAUUAUUGAUUGUUUUCUUGAUGGAUGUCUUGGAUUUUACACUCAGUCACUUAGUAGGCAGAAUAGCUGGAGUAGUUUAUUAGCAAAGAAACUUGAUAUGGGUAUUAGAAUGCUUGACAGUUUUAGGAAGUAACAGUCUUUGAUAGUUUCUCCUUAGUUUUCCUUGAAAAUCAGUUUCUGUUUACCUUGAUUAAAAAAAAAAACAAAAACAUAAAACCAAAAAAACUCAGCACACAAUAUUUAAUAGGCAAAAUUUUAAAAAGACCGAUAAACUGAUCAUACAUACUCAGAAUAUUCAGAUAUUUUCUGUAUAAUUCUAUUGUUGUCCUAUCUGUUCUCUGCUCCGGCUGAGACAAUUUCAUAUUCUUUUACAGGCCUCCAGCAUUCUCUUUUAACCUUUAUGCUGUUUCUAUAUGCUAUGAGUAAAGUUGCUAUUUCAUAGUUGGUUAUUUGUUCCAGUUCAGUGUGUUGUAAGAUAUCUUUGUAUCAUUGUGGAAUACUCUGUGAUGCUUUUGAUAGAGAAGGAUUCCAGUGUAUGUCACAUCUCUGAAGCUUUUGUGAGAUUUAACAUGACUAGGACUUUCCGAAUUCUUCUGUGAAAUUGUCAGUGAAGAGACUUGCUGGGAUUGCAGAGGGAAGCAAGAGUUUCAGGACAGGAAAAUACAGAAAUGCAGCUGGAGAGUUUGGCAAAAAUUCUUGUUAUGGUUUUGUGAUUUUUUUGUUGUCGGUAUUCCACAUCAUUACAUCAUGU